AUGAGUUCCACCGCUGAGUACAAGAUCGGCUUCACGACGUUCCAGAACGUGAUCAAUAAUGAGCUGACCUCGACAGCGAGGACUAGGCAUGGAGUGAAUCCAAGUACGGAAGAGACCCUACCGGAGGUGCCUCUCUCCGGGCAGAAUGAGGUCGACCAGGCCGUGGCAGCCGCCAGGGCGGCAUUCCCUGCGUGGCGUGCCAAGACCUGGGAUGAGCGUGCCUCACAUGUCCAGAAGCUGGCCGAUGCGAUCGAGGCAAACCAUGAUGAGAUCCGGGAUCUCUUGGUCACAGAGUCUGGCAAGGCGUUCUCCACAGCCAACAUGGAGAUGCAAUUCAGCAUUGGACACCUGCGCGUGACUUCCGGGCUUCGCAUCCCAGACGAGACUGUCGAGGACACAGAUGAGCGUACUGCAGUGGUUCGGUAUCGCCCUCUCGGUGUUGGUUGUGCAAUCGUCCCUUGGAACUGGCCUCUGCUGCUUGGUGUGGGGAAGAUUGGACCCGGUGUCAUGGCCGGCAAUACGAUCAUCGUGAAGCCCUCGCCCUACGCGCCAUACACCCUCAUCAAGGUCGCUGAGUUGGCCGCCAAGAUUUUCCCUCCAGGUGUUAUCCAAGUGCUCAGUGGAGACGAAGCCCUGGGCCCGCUCCUGACUCUGCAUCCUGGCAUCAACAAGAUCAGCUUCACUGGAAGUACCGCUACUGGCAAAAAGGUUGCGGAGGCUUGCGCCAAGACAAUUAAGAGGCUUACUCUCGAGUUGGGCGGUAAUGAUGCAGCUAUUGUUUGCGAUGACGCUGACCUUGCUAAGGUCGUGCCAAAGGUUAGCACCCUUGCCUUGAUUAGUUCAGGACAAAUCUGUAUGAACAUCAAGCGGAUAUAUGUUCAUGAGAAGAUUUAUGACGACUUCAUGAAGGCCAUAGUGGAUUUCAUCCGCAACAACCUCAAGCACGGGCCGGCGGCGGACCCGAACACGGCAGUUGGCCCCGUUCAGAACAGCAUGCAGUAUGCCAAAGUUCUGAAUCUUUUUGAAGCAGCCGACAAGGAAGGAUGGAAGAUCGCUACUGGCGGUCUCAAGGAGAAGAAGGAGGGCAAGGGUUUCAUCCUACCCCCAACCAUCAUCGAUGACCCCGCUGAGGGCUCGCGGAUCGAGGCUGAGGAACCCUUCGGACCAAUCUUGCCUGUCAUGAGGUGGUCAAACGAGGCGGACGUAGUACGUCGCGCCAACGGUUUUGACUCGGGACUGGGUGCCUCUGUCUGGAGCAGCGACAUCGCCAAGGCGACCAAAAUCGCAGACCAGCUUGAGGCCGGUAGCGUGUGGGUGAACACCCAUUUCGAGGUUGGCCCGCACAUGCCUUUCGGUGGACACAAGCAGGCUGGUUUGGGGAUGGAAUGGGGAGUUGUCGGUCUCAAGGGCUGGUGCAACCCUCAGGCAUUCUGGACAAGGAAGGACUGA